GGUGAUGUUAUGCAGCUUCGGUGCCGUGUAUAGUCACUGAUACCAAAAUGGAGUUUUUCAAGUGCCUGUUUGCCGUUGUAGUAGUUGCCACUCUGGCCUGUGAUGUUUCUGCUCAGCAUUACUGGUCGCUGCCUCUGCCGAAUCAGAAAGCUCCUCUUCUGCCUCAGCCCCAGCUGGAGGUGCCUCCACCUGAAGCUCCCUUUGACGAGUGCCAGGUGGCGCAGGAAGACAAGAUCCAGUGUGGGCCUGCAGACGUCACCGCUGAGCACUGCGAGAACAUCAACUGCUGCUUCGACGGUCACCAGUGCUUCUACGGGAAAGCAGUGACUGUGCAGUGUACCAGGGAUGGCCAGUUUGUGGUGGUUGUAGCUCGAGAUGCGACCUUGCCCAGCAUAGAUGUGGAGUCCGUCAGCCUGCUGGAGACGGACGACCCUGCAUGCGCACCUGUGGAUGUCACUUCAGCUUUUGCCAUCUUCCAGUUCUCUGCGACUUCAUGUGGCACCACGUUCAAGGAGGAAGAGGGUCAUGUCGUGUACGAGAACCACAUGUCUUCCUCGUAUGAAGUGGGGGUCGGACCCAGAGGCUCGAUCACCAGGGACAGCCAUUUUGAGUUACUGUUUCAGUGUAGGUAUUCUGACACCUCAGUGGAGGCUCUCGUCAUGGAGGUCGACGUGGUUCCUCCACCAAUGUCUGUCGCCGCUGCUGGAAUCCUCCGAGUGGAGCUCAGGCUUGGAAGUGGACAGUGUCAAACUAAGGGAUGUGUUGAGGAAAAUGCGGCGUACAGCACCUUCUACAACCAAGCAGACUACCCAGUCACCAAAAUCCUGAGGGAACCAGUCUACGUCGAGGUGUCCCUCCUGGAGCGCUCUGACCCAAACCUGGUCCUGAACCUGGAGCACUGCUGGGCGACCUCCAACCCCAAUCCUCAGAGCAUUCCACAGUGGGAUCUUCUCAUUGAUGGGUGUCCCUACCAUGAUGACCGUUACCUGACCACCCUGGUGCCCAUCGAUGGCUCCUCUGGCCUCCUUUACCCGACGCACCACAAGCGCUUUAUCAUCAAAAUGUUCACAUUUGUGGAUCAAAGUGACUUUUCGCCCCAGAAAGACACGGUGUUCAUCCAUUGUUCCACGGAGGUGUGUUAUCCGAGCAGCACUCAAUCCUGUGAACAGACAUGCCAUCGUCAACGAAGAGCUGUGGCUCCAGCGAGAAGGAUUUCUGCGAGUCGGAGGUCUCUAGUCUCCAGUGGGCAGGUGAUCCUGACUGACCAGUGACUAUCGGCUCUAAAUGCAAAAUGAAGACUUGAUUCUACUGGCUGUGACUUAAUAAAAGCUCAUCCUUAAAAUUUGG